CGUUUGUGCAUGUUCGUAACUGUGUAUGGUAGAACCUGGUCUUCAGACUGCAUCAAACCAGCGGUUGGUACGUGCGGCUCGUUGCGAAGGCAGAGACCAUGGCCGGGAACAUCGUGGCGGAGUGGCUCAGAUCCUUGCAUCUGGGACAGUACGCGGACAGUUUCAUUGAUAACGGCUACGACGAUUUGGAGAUCUGCAAGCAGGUUGGAGAUCCGGAUCUCGAUGCCAUCGGCGUGUUCAAUCCGAACCACCGGAGCCGACUCCUGCAGUCUGUGAGAACCCUCCGUGAGGAAGGAGCAGCGUCGGUGUAUUUCUCGUUGGAGGAGAGUGUUGCCGUGCACGAGGAGUGUUUGUGUGACAAUGUGAGUGCUCGGUCCUCGAGGACCUCUUCGGGACGAUGCUCGGACAAGGAGGCGACCUCCAGCCGGAUCGCCGCCGUCUCUCCGGCCGCAUCUUCUUCGGCGGAGAGCGGCCAGGAGGUCGCCAAGUAUCUGGAUGAGUACGAAGAGGGAAAAGCGGAGCUCGUCAAGAUACCGAGGAUGCAGCUCAAGAUGCUCUUGCGGGACAAAUUAGCUCAGGACGGCAUUAGGCUCACCUGUCAACCGUAUUCGACUCCGGUGAGUGAACUGGCCAUUCAACCACGUGCAUGCAACAACGCCCUCCAACUACAUCCAUUCACAUGCACACAAAACACACAACUCGCAUUCUCCUAUAACUAAUUCAUCCUGAAACUUACAUCGUCGUUGCCCCGUAAAAUCUAAUUGAAUUUGACUUGCCAUUCAUCACACAUCAAUAUUAGCUAAAAUUACAAUCUCCUUAACUUAAUUAU